AUGGAAAAAUUCAGCGAUUGGAGAGAUAAGGGUACGGGGAUCUCUCCCUUUAUGCCCAUACCACCCGCCAACAGCUCUGUGCUGGUGAAAUAUGUGUUGGGUCCAAUCUGGGCGCUUUUGAAGAUAGUUCCCUCGGUAUUUCUGUUCUUGUUGUCGUCUCUCUGCUGGCCAGUUGGAUUUCUCUUCAGGCCGGUUCUGAGACUGUUGUUGCUGGUUUUGUUUAAUGUUAGCGAGAUCGAGUUUCUGGCUGACGGAGUCAAGAAGUCCAACACCAAGCAGAUUGACUCAAGGCGGCCCGACAAAGGCCAAUUGGUGUUUGUCAACUUCUCUUCUCCGUUGGACUGUCUCGUCCUGUACCUAGUCAGCAAAUCAAACAACUGCAGUUUCCUCACCGCAGAUAGCAGGGGCAAUCUUAGGAAACUAAACGGGUUGUUGGAAACCUUCAGCUUUGCCCUGGCCCAGCCCCAACUCACCUACCAAUCUGCAGCCCCGGUGGACCUAUUCAAAUUGAAGAACAGUGUUGUCUUUGUCCUAGCGGAAGGCACAACAACCAACAACAGGAGCGUUCUUGCGUUUCCCCCGAUUGACCUGGCCACCGUGUACUCCGCAUACAGGAACACUUUUGAGUAUAAGGCUAUAAGCAUAAAAGUGCUGCCUCCCUCAUUGGUGACCACUCCUAUACCACGGUCAACAGUCUCGUAUCUCUACUCUCAUCUGAGUCAUCUCAAGUGGGAUGUGAACUUUCGGCUGAAGAGCUUUGAUCUCGGGGAUCUAAAGCCAGCCACCAUCAGGGAGAAGUUGUCCAACUACGGAUCUCUGAAAUUGACCGGCCCGGAUCUUGACGUCGCCAAAAAACUCUCCUUCAUUUCGGCCUAUAAUAAAACCAGUAGACGUCUAUAA